CCGAGUGCUGGGAUUAAAGGGAGCGCCACCACCGCCAGGCUAACACCAGCAUUAUUUUUGUCUUCACUCUCCUGCCCUGACCUAAGGCAAACCUUAGGGAGCCUUUUUUAACAUCCCACCCCCACCUAAAGGAUAGCUCAGUAUCCUUUCUUGACUCUGACAUUACCCCUGUUUAUCAGUCACGGGCUUUAGACCUUCUUCUGGUUUAGAUGGUUCAGUAGCUUCUUGUUAUGGCUACUGUGUUUUCAUGAAAGUAAUAAAAGGAGUUUUAUACUAAAUUAGAAGAUGAAAGUCUGUUAAAAGUUAAAUUCUAGAUAAAUUUACAUAGUUAUCCAUCUCAGCUACAAUUGGCCAUGUGGGCUUUGAUGCUUUGAUGGCUUUUCUGUUCAGUGGCUGUAUAUAUCCUAACUUAGUAACUGUUUUUUGUGUUUUAUAACUUAAAGAAGCCUUGAUGACACAUUUCUUUCUAUAGCUUUUCAGAUAAAAUGUUAUUUUAGAAUACUGAAAUAGCUCUGUUUAAAAUCUUACAGUUACUUUGUUACAAAACAGAUAAUUAAUAAACCACUAUUAUUUUUGUUAUUACUUUAUAACUUUCUGAAAAAUAGAAAAGAUGUGUCAGUAAUUUCUAUAAUUUCCUGUGUGGCUUAAGGACUAACUGUGAAAACUUAACUUGUACCUUCUGCUAUGGAACCAACGAAACAAACACCUGUUAAACUACGUACUGCCAGCUCAUCUCCAGAUACUAAGAAUUUUUAAAUCACUUGAGUUUUCUUGUCAUUGUGUGGAUUCUGACCGUUUCCAUCAAUGUUUUUAGCCCGUUUUCCUGCAGUGCGUCGGGGGAACUAUGGAUCGUCACGUUCCCAUGCACGCAUUACCGGAAGAAAUCCAAAAGAUGUCUCCUGAAGAAACAGUUUGUAAAUACUGUGGCGUCAGCUACCUAAUUCUUCAUGAAUUUAAGGCUAUGGAAGAAAAACUGAAAGCAAUGGAAGAAGAAAUGAAAUUUUAUCAAGGAAGUGUAGAGCGAGAAAAGAGACUUCAGGAGAAGCUGCAGUCUCUUAGCCAGGAGUUUGACAAGUGCAGAACUGACAGUGAAUCCAAAAACAAAAGAGUUCAAGAUGUAAGCAUGAAGUUAAAAAAGCAGCAAAAUGAAUUUCAGAGAAUACAGAAAGAAUUAGAUCAUCAACAAAAUGAGCUAAAAAUUAAACAAAAACAAUCCCAAGUCCUCAGUCAAAGAUUGUCAGACUACAGAUACUUCUGGAAUAAGACCCUUUUGUUACUUACUUUUACUAAAAGGGAACUAACCAGUAUUAAAUAUGAAGUAUGUGAUAAUUUUCAAAACUGGACUUCACUGAAAGGAGAAGUUUUUCUACAGAUAAAGUCUCUAAGUGAUACAGCCUUGGCAGAAAUAGAUAUGUUAAAUAAAAAUCUGACAGCUUCCCAGAGAAAUAAAGUGUGCCUGGAAGAGGAGAUGAAAAACCUCAAACUGUUGUCGGAUGCAGCCAUCUUGAGGUCUCAGGAGAUGCAGGCGUCCAAACAGCACGAAGUAAGCUUGCAAGCCAGGUGCUAUGAUCUGCAGAAGGAAGCCCUAGACUUACAGUGUCAAGUAGAGGCCCUUGGGUUGAGACUUCAGAAGACAGUGAUGGAGCUGGACAACUGUAAAGAGAUGCUGAUGAAAAAGUCUAAUGACGCUGAUAACUGUCAAAGAGAACUUAGAAAACUGAAGUUCGAGUCUGUUAUUUCUGAGUCAAGGCACAGUAGGCUACUCAAAGAAAAAGAAGACUCUUUACUGACUUGUCAGCAACUGUACAAAACCCUACAGGAGGAGCUGACUACCAAAGAAAGGCAAGGGGAAGAUCUCAAAAGAAGGAUCAGCCUUGCGGAAAAUGAGCUAGAGAUGACCAAAACUCUCCUGCAUCGGACGCAGGAAGAAAUUUUAACUCUGAAAAAUGAAAGGGAAUUGAUGCUGGUUGCCCAUCAGAAGAGCAUCGAGCAGAUGCAGGAAACCCUGAGACAGAAGCUGCUGAGUGACGAGAGCUGGAGAGAGAAGAUUGAAGCUGAGCUCACCAAAGAAAGAACCCGGCAUCUCAUGGAGUUCCAAGAGCAAGCUCUUCUCUUUAAGGAAGAAGCGAAGCUGGAACUUGACAUCGAAAAAGAAAAGCACCAGGAAGUAGUCCGGAAGUAUCAGCAAGAACAAGAGGACCUGCAGAAGAAGAUAGCUGACUUAAUCGCAGGCGCUACAAGAGGCCUGAGGCUCGAGGUGGCCUCUCUCCAAGAAAAGCUCCACGAAUCCCACACACGAUAUACUGAAGAAUCCGAGUCAAAGAGGAAAGAGAUCGAAGACCUGAAACGUGUGGUUGCAGAAUUCGAGCAUCGCUUGAAGCAGGAAGCCAGCUGCGAUGAUGCAGUUUCAGAAGACCUGAAGAAGGAAAUGAAGCAGAAGUCAGACGAACUGGAAAGAGUAAUGCUGGCCCAAACGCAGCUGCUGCAGCAGUUCAGCCAGUCCCAGGAGGAGAACACUUUUCUCCAGGAAACGGUGCGGAGAGAGUGUGAAGAACGCUUUGAACUGACAGAGGCUUUGAGUCAGGCCAGAGAACAACUGCUGGAGCUCAGGAGGAGUGGAGGAAGCUUACCGUGUUCCCUCAGCAAGGGCACCCUAACCUACCCUGCCACCGCAGCCAGCAAUCACCACGAACAAAGCAGUGCGAGGCAGAACUGUGGACGAGGCGCCCACCCGCCCAGCCGGCACGGACUGCCAAAACCCACUGCUUCCCCAAGCCCAGAUAAGCUCAAGAAGGUCAGCAGCUCCGGACUGCCCGCCCUUCCCCAGUCUCAUCCUCCCAGGGGCAGGGCAUCUUCGGUAAAUGAGACCCGGCGGAGGUUGACCGCCAUCCUUAGCCGGAGGCUGAGUCAGCAGUGAUGACCAGAGCCAGGAGCAGUUCCAAACGUCCACGGUGUACACACCCUUUCACAGCCUGCCAGGGCUCCCUGGAACAGGGUGCCCGGAAACGUAACAUGUCUGUAGAUGUAUUUAACAAGGGCUGUAAAAUGCUAGGAACUGUGAAGCCACACUUUUCAAAAGGCCUUGGAAUUGGCAACAGAAAAUGAAGUCGGUAUUCCAGAGGGCUGAUUUCCAUGCUCAUGUAUGUAUUGUACGCUCUGCGACCCUGGUCUUUUAGGGUUCUCAGCCUAGUGGGUUAUUCUUUCUCCCUCAGUCACUUCCUGUCUUCCAUCCUCCCCCUCCCUUCCUGCUUUCUUUCCAUAGCAAGCAGAUCAUCUCCACAAAAAAAAAAAAGUAGAUUAUAUUGGUUUUAUUGGCAUUUGUUCAUUUGGUUAUUGAACUGCAUUGAUGUGAUAAGUAUUUCAAAUAGAAAAGGAAGUCCUUAAUUUCCAAAGUACUUCCUUCAAAUCCUGGCAGAGCUAAUAUCAUCAUCCAGUGUUCCUCUCCCUCGGUCUACCUGGUUACUGACGGCUUUGUAGGCUGGGCCCAGAAGUCGUGAUAGACAGCCUGCAGAAGACCAUCCACCGUGAGGCGGGGGGCCUGCUACGGAAUGAUGGCGACUCCCGGUCAGGGAAAAGUGGUUUGGUUCUCAGAUUCUGACUACGGUUUCAGAAAGCAGAAGGCAUGAAAAUGUUUCUUGAUGGCUCUUUUCUUCACUGGAGGAUUCUGGCACACAGCUGAGUUCUACUGAACUUAGAUUCUCCAGUCACUGGGACGAACUGACACAAGAUCGCCUUGGUAUAAAGAACAGAAGGCUCAUUUGGAUUCAAAAAUGAUUACCCUUGGAAAUGGGUAACUGCUUACAGUUUCUGUUCUCAGGGUGAGACUGUAGAACAAGAUCUGCUCUCUGAAGUCAUCUUAAAGCCACCCGCUCAUGUAGCUGUCCUACCUAGGGCUGGUGCUCGUCUGUCUUCUCCAUGGGGUAUUUGUCUUUCCGUUCUUGGGGAGUGAAAACCGACUUAAACCCUCUGCCUGCUGUAACAUGGACCUCCAGCUUUCCCCUUCUCAUACGGGGAAAGCAGUAACACGUGUGACUGUGGCACACUCAAUUAUCGGAUUCGCUGCAGUAUCGGUGAGAGGGAUCAUCGGUACCUGGCAGCCUCCCCACUGCAUAGGAGAGUACCCUGACUAAACACAAUCACAGUUACCUCCCGUCUUUCCGAGGCUUCCUAAUCUCAGCGUAAAUCCACACCAGAUGCCGGGUGUCCUGACUACUUUAGGUAGAAGUCUUGCGUUAGGAUCAGGAUUCUUCCCGUUGCCUCACAGAGGGUGCCAUUCUUCACUGCGGUGCCUCACAGGAGAGCCCAGCAGCAGGGAAGCGUGACUGGAGGGUGGACUGUGGAGGCCACCCUAACCAGUUCUACAGAUAAGAGCACGGGACCUAGCUGAAGGAGUGUACUUGUGACCGGAGUUGAACCAGAGCACUGUUACUCAAUCCCAGUCCUCCCAGCCUCCAUCAUGAUUGCUCCCAGCACCACCCACCCUACAGUUAAUUAAUAUUUGUCCUUUUUUAAGUCCCCUCACUUUCCAAACUUGAGUGUGUGUGAGAAGGAGAGUUGAUUCAGGGUAAAAUAACUACAAAGUAACACUUGCCCUUUGCUAAUUCUGUUCCUUCUAGCGAAUGCUAAUGCAAAUGUGCACCUAUUAAAAUAAGAAAUAUUAGUGGGUGUUUCCCUUCCACGGUAUCAUCUUGUAUAAUGCGGCAGGGACCAGUGCACUAGAUCUCCUGGUUCUGAACUUUGUUUGCACGCUGAAUUAUAAAUACCUGUAACAUAAGGUAGACGGUAAAGGCCGCAAAGGCACAGAGCAUCUUGGGCGACAAUCUCUAUCAUCAGGUGAGACACGCUUGCUCGCUGUUUUGCAAUCUCAGCUCCCAUUGCAGGAGCCCGAGGCAUACAAUGAGUUCCUUUAUUUUUUAGCGUGAAUGUGGGUCAAUAAGGAGAGUCACAUGCAAGCUUUUCUACGGAUGUAAAGACUGUCAUUGCAAAACCUGGUUUCUUAGUUUGUUGAUACACUCUUGCUUUGUGAUGAAUGUCUGGAACUCAGAAUGGAACCAUUGUCUCUCAUGAGGUUGUGUUAUAUGCUACAAAGGUAUCAGAGACGUCGAUGGAUAAACAGAAAAGCGGUAAUUACAUUUAGUUUAACCUACACCAUCUGAACAGUGCAGAUUGAGCUAUGGGCAUAUCUUUGUAUUUGGAGAAAGAAAUCCUUAAAAGUGUCAUGAGACACUAGAGGUUAAAAACCCAUCUCCUUGAUUCUCCCGGUGAUGAACUCUCGGCUUGACAGAGUGUCAUGAAUAUUAAGAAAGUAGUGAGGGGCUGGAGACUUAGUUCAGUGACUAAGAGCCCUCGCUGUUCGUGCAGAGAGAAUCCUGUCGUCCGCAUGGCAACUCACAACCCUCUGUAACUCCAUCUGGACCUGAUGCCCUCUUCUCACUUCCGUGGGCACUGCACAAAGGUGGCACACACACACGUAUGUCCUGACAAAACGUAUGUCCUGACAACAUGUAUGUCCUGACAACACGUAUGUCCUGACAACACGUAUGUCCUGACAAAACACCCGUGCACAGAAAGUAAUCAAAUAAUUUUAAAAUAAUAAAUAAUUUUACAUUUCUGAGGUUUCUGAGCAUCCUAUAGGUUAACCCUAAAGCUAUCCACUUACUUGUUUUUUCAACAAAUAUGGAGACUUUCGUUUAAAAAAAAUUGUGAGAGCUUAAAAAAUGACAUAUUAUCAAUCCUCAAGAAUUAUAUAGUAGCCGCCAAGAAUAAAGCUUAUGUGGACAUAAUAUACAUGGGAGGUGCUGAGUAAAAUGUUGAGAGCAAGGUGGAUGAAGCUUAGUAGGGGAAUCAGGAAUGCCUCAAAAAAAUCAGUAUAUACAGCAAGACUUUAAAAAGAGGAGCAGAAUUGUACAGAAAAAGGUAGACCAGGCAGAAGAAAUGCAUAAACAGACAUGAGAAUCGUAGAAAGCAUUUGGUGAGGGGGCGGGGGUAACAGCCUAGGUACCUGAUAGGCUGAUCUCACUGCGUGAAGGUGCUGACUAAAGGCCAGUGCGUGCUUUUAGCUGGACAUGCCGCGUGCUUUUCUGAAAAUGAGGAGCUUUGCCCUGGCAGGGCUGUGCUGGGGGUGUGUAGGGUGGGGAGCCUGGAGGAUGCAGCAGCAGCUGGCAGACAGUGAAUGGUCCAGGCAAACUAAUGAAGUUCUAAUGAAGAUAAUGGUGCUGGGGAUAAGGAAUAGGCGUUAGAUUAAAAUUCUACUCAGGGCAGGGAAAGGAUUUUCUUUUCUCCCGCUAACUGCAGUCUGAAACUGUUACCAGCCCUUGACACAUUGGCAAGACUGCGUUUGAUGGGCAUGGCUCUAGUUAGAGGAUCAUCUCUAUUUAAGAAUAUAAUAGUCCCUCUGAAUAAUGUGAACUAGUGGGAGCUACGUUUCAUGUGGGAAACACAUGAUCCCACAGUCUGCUACACAUAGGGCUGCUCCUUACAGGGGCAUACAGAUCUGAAAAGGCCUUAGGAAUUGUGGAGGAAGAGAGAAGUGGACUUUAAACAGAAAUAAUCAUGUCUUGACUCAAAGAAUGUAACUACAGCUACACAGGGAGGUUCUAGAGAGAUAACUGUGUAAUAAAAUCUGAUUUUCACUGCAUGAAGGGAAAUAUAAAAGAAAAUGCUCAAAGUAAAGUAAGGGUUAUCUUAAAAUCUUCACACUUUGUGGUACUGAAGAGACCUGAUAACCAUCACCUGGUCCAGAUUUAUAAUCUUAUACAAGUAGAUAAUAGUUCACUUAGUUAAUUAGCUUUCUAUUUGCAUAGCUGUGUAACAUCAGACGGAAUGAAAGACCCUGGGCUUCAACUCCUGGCUUACCCAUCUCAUUUCCAGACAAAGAAUAUGACCAGUGUGCCAGCUUUUUCCUGCUCAAAGUCAGCCCUUCCAGCAAGAUCAGUGUCUGCUGGCAGAUUGUAAGAAACGCAGAAUUCCUCACCUCACACCCAAGCCUGCUACUCUCCUCCCCUCUCCUCCCUCCCCCUCCUUUCCUCCAGCCUCCUCUCUUCUCCCCUUCCUUCCCCUCCAUCCCCUCUGCUCCUCUCCUCUCUCCCCUCCCUGGUCCUCCCUUCCUCUCUCCCCUUUGCUCCCCCAUCCUUGCACAUGCUAAGAUCUCCAUCGCUGAUCUAUAACCCCAGCCUGAAGUGGUUUGUAUUUGCAUUAAGGGGUGAGUCCAUUGCUCAUGGUGGGGUAUCCCACAUUGCUUAGCACAAGGCAGGCAAUGGCCUUGCUGUAUUUAGUCCUUUGCCUAAGAGAAGGCAGUGGGGUAAUGAGGACACCCCCUCCCCCACCAUGCACCACACAGACCCAUUUAACACCCAUUUCCAGUGCAUUAAGAUUUUUCUACUUGGCCAUUGAUUGUGAAUCCAUAACUCUCCAAGAAAACUAGUGGAUAAAGAAAAUCAAUACUCAUUCCUAAAACUCUAAAACCUCCAUGAGCCUGAAACAACUGGAGUUUUUAUUGUUUUAAUCCAAUAGAGGCAUUUUGGUUUUAAUUAUUGGCAGCUCGUUAAUAAUCUUAAACUCAAAUCUCAGAAUAGCAUGUAUUUGAAACUCUGUUCAUUUUUGUAAUGGUGAUGCUCAUUGUCUUCUGAGACUCCGGACAUUUUCUCGGGUGAUGAAGUAAACAGUGUAAAAUUUAUUUGGCCAGGAAGUAGUUCUGAAUCACUUAAAUAGAAAACUAACUUGUGGCAUUUCACCUGGAUUAAUAUGUUUUAAAGACAGAAUUAACACCAGCUAAACAGAAUUCAGUCCAGAUUUGCAGUCCCACAAAUCUGGAUAACACAGUGAGACGUUCAGCGCACCUGCCCUGGGGAUCGUAAGCUCAUUUGGUGAUUCCCCAGGAGAGCCGUCUUCUUUGGAUACGCCGUUCUUUCUUUCUUCUUCCUUUCCGGCAUCGUGCACGCUGUGCAAGGGCGCCUGCAAACACCUGGGGAUUGGUUUUUCUUUUCUGCUUUUCCCCACAUAUCUUCUGUUGAGCCGUAUUUCCAGUCCAGAAAAGAAUGAAAGAAGCCAGGCAGGGUAGCACACACCUGUGAUUACAGCCCCGGGGAGGUAGAGGCAAGAGGAUCACUACAAGUUCAAAGCCAGACAGGACUGUAUAUAGAGAUCCUCUCAGUCAAUCAAUUGAUCACUGUAAAAAUAAUGAGACAGAUUGACUUCAUUUGCCAUUUACAAGUUUAAUAUCUCCUGUUAGCAUGCUUAGUGCUGAUGCAUGUAUAGGUAAAAUUAAAAACACUUCUCAUAGUUAGGUAAUUCAAACUCAACAAUUAGACAAGUAUAAUUCGGGGUUUUGGAGCAUUGUAGAUGCUUUUAUAAGGUAUCAGUGUGUGGAAGAUUCAGACCGGCAGUAGAUUUAUCUGCUGAAGAUGUGAGCAUCUGGCCCUGCCUCGCUGCCAGCGCUGUCUCUGUCUCCCAAGUGAGCUCGAUGCGGCCCAGCACAUUAAUCUAGAGAAAUCUCUCUGUCUUCUGCCUUCUUGAAGCAAAUGAGUUCUCCAGGCGUAAUUUUCUAUCCAAAGCCUUAAAUUUCUAGGGAAUUAAGGUCACUGCCAAGAUGCAAGUGACUUUUUUUCACUGGCUGAAAGCUGGGUUUCUGAAAACCUGGAGUAGCCAACCUUCUACUCCCUAUGACCAGACUUUAAAAUAAUGUAUUCGAGGUUUAAGCCUGGGCUGCAAGAUUCGAGACAGGAAUCAUUUUCUUUUUCCAUGCAGUAUACAAUACUUAAGAUAAAUACUGAGAUAUAUACUUUUGAUGAGUUAGAGGAAAAAAACCACCACUUUAACAGCCCUGGCCAUAGGCGUAACCCACGUGUUCCCUCCAGACUCAAUCAUAACAUUUGCUUAUGUUCCCUAGAUUAAAAAGGGAAAAAACUGUGUAUCUCUUAUGCAUAUUUAGGUUAGAAUCUUAAAUAAUUUAAGUAGAUGUUUUGAGUGUUUUAAAGAUAGCCAGAAGGUUAUAAAUGAUGGCAUUUGGAAAAUUUUUAGCUUUAUGAUUUUUUAAUGACUGCAAAACCUUUCUUGAACUACCUACCAUAUUAAGUUACUCUAAAUACAUGCCUAAAUGUCUGCAGAGUCUCUGGCUUGAGCUGCUGUGAUAGUCAUUAUUGCUAUAGCAACCUUAAGAUGACAUAAAUAUAUAUUAAUGAAUAAUUAUGAAUCACAAAAAUUACAUUUUACUACUAGUGCAUUUGCUUUUUAAAAUUUGGUGUGUGCGGCUGUUUGAUGUGAGUGUGCACAUGUGAGUGUGCAAGGGCCAUGGCGUGUGAGCAGAGGUCAGAGGGCAACUUUGGGGCUCCAGUUGUCAGCUUCCACUGGGACCCUGAUCCUCCGGCUUGCACACCACUUGCUUUGCUCCCUGCGUUCUCUGAAUGGCCCUCAGCACUUUUCUGGUGUGUCAGAUCAUAUCCUUUUCCUUGUGUAAUGGAAAAUUAAAGUGUAUCUAGGGAUGAUAUUUAUGCCUAUAAUCCUAGCGGGUGAGAAGUCGAAGCAGGAGGAUGGUGAGUUCAAGGCCAGCCUGGACUACAUCAUGAGUUAUUGGCCAGUCUGAACCGUGAGACCCUGUCUCACAAACACUAUAAUGACAUCAGAAGAACAGGAGGGGGAAGGAAGGAAGACAGUUACAGGAAAAAAAAAUAGUGAUUGACUUGUCUGUAUAUAGGGUAUUAGUUAUUUUGAGACAAGUUCUGCUGUGUAGCACAGGCUAGCCCUGAACUCAUGAUCUUCCUACCCCAGCCUUCCAACUGCUGGGAUCACAUGCAUGUAGCAUCAUGUGAGAAUUAUUUAUGUCUUAUUAACUGGUGAAAAAAAUCAGCAUUUUAGAAACUUUUCUCUGGAAUAUCUGUAAUAUACUAAAUGAAAGUACAUCAAUAAAUGUUGAUAAUCUAUAAAUUUGCAUUAUACUUAAAAGAAUUGGUGAUACUUGCAUCUACUGUAUCUAUUAUUUAAAGAUUCCUUAUAGCUGAUUUGUAUCCCAGGCACAGACACCAAGCAGAGUCCUUAUAAAAGUGUAUUGUGGGAGGAGACAAUAUCAACUUUUCUUACUACUGACACUUUUGCUUUGCUUUAAUGAAACUGUACGCACUCAACAUUAGACCUGGUUAGGGCCCGAAGACCCGCAACCCAGUACGGAGACUGUUCUGCCUUUCCUCAACCUGCUACCACACAGGAAUAUCAGAGGCCUUGGAAGUUUUUUCUGUCACUUAGGACCUUGAUUCCUAGAUAACCAAAGAAGCAAUAAAAGGAAGUGCUGAUAUUGUCCUUGUGCGUUUCUGUAAGCACGGGCCUGUGGAAGUCCCAGUAAUAUUUUUAGUCAGAGAGACCCCGCAACCAAUUAAGCCUAUGGACUUACAGAGUCUUAGGGCACACCUGUCAAGGAAGUUGGGAAUACGGAUGCUUGCAAUAGGGAGAGAAGUGUAGUCAUGAAAACUGGAUCAAAAUUCUUUGUGGCCUACAUAGCUUAGAACAUGAGUUCUAAGCCAACAAUAGUUACUGUCAUUAAAUUCUUAUUUUUACAAAUCACCUUGGAGCAAAAGAAAAUUUAUUCCAUUCAUACCCUGAAUAUAGUACACAGAUCAGAAAUUUAGAGGUUCUGGUGUCAUGCUUAAGGAUUUAGGUAUAGUUUGAAGGCCUUAAAAGGUGGUUUUCUAACCAUAUUUUUUUUUCUGCUAUCAAGGAUUGGACCCAGGUGAAGUGCUUUGCCACUGAGCUAAUACCAUAGCAAUUCACCUUCUAACUGGAGGUUUUCAAUUGCCCGAUGCAUUUCAAUGGCACUUGUGUACACUCGCUGUUUCUCAGCACUGAUAUUCUAAAUAGCCUGACUUUAACUUCACAGACCUACUCUUAAUUGCCAUGGUCCUCAGAUACCUAGGGCUCCUGCAACCAUCCCUACCUUCCUUGGAACUAAGACAGCAUGCUAUUGCUAGAGCACGGGCAAGGCAUCUCACUGGGUCUGAGGACAUGUGCCCAACUGAGCCACACCCUGACUGCACUUCAGCCCCAAAUCUUUAUGAACUAUUAUAUUUAUUAAGAUGUAUGUCUUUUCUGACCUUAAUAGUAUGAAAGCAGCUAACCAUGUACUGAAGACAAGAGUGUGUUGAUGUACUGUUGAAAUCCAGCCAUUAAAGGUGAACCAGAAACUCAUUUUCUAAGCUUGACGCCAUGGUUUCACCAUUGAACUCUGCACUGGGGUUCUGAAUGUCCAGGAAAAGUGGCAAGAGUUUUGUCUCAGCUGUCCUCCUUUGUCUUUGGAUUUAGUCCUUGCACUCUCCAAGGGAUAAUUCAGUCUCUAGUCUCCCAACUUAUCUAAAUGUAUCAAAGAUGGGCCUAUUAGACUCCCCUGGCCCACUCAGACUAGAAUCAGAGUGUCCCCAUAGGUCACCGAGGGAUUUUCCUUGAUUAUCAAAAAGACAUAAAUGAAAAGACCUGGGGCCCUCCCUGCCUAGUAGAAGGGCUGUCUCCACAGGCUUCAGGCUAUGCCCCUGCUUUGUUCUUGAAGUUUUAAAGCAGAAUUGAAUUUCCAGUGUAAAUGGCAUGACAUCUGGCUAACAGGUCUAGGGGCAGCAGCUGUCUUUCAGUUACCAUUUAAAACCUGAUCCUGAAAAGGGAAAGGGUCCGACAUCACAGCAGGCAGGCAGCAAGACAGCAGCAAGAAUUGGGGCCCCUUUGUUUUGCCACACGACUCUGCCCCUCUAGACACCAAGGCUACUUUGCUCAGAAUAUGCCGGCAUGGCAGUUCCUUAAGAUGGCUUAUGUGAGUGGCAAUGGACAGAGAAAGGGGACCAAAGGUGUCACAACCUGGACAGAGGAACUUUCCAGAGUGUAGCACCAGAAGACCGAGUGGCACGAACAAAGAAGCCCCAAGAGUGCAGCCCUUUGUGGCAGGGUGGUCCCAACCAUUGCGGGAUUAACAGAAACAGUAACAGCUAAUAUAGUUACAAAGGGCAGAGUACCUUGCCAGAGGCUUGAAAUGGGUGCCACUUCCUCAUCACCAGAACCUUAGGAACUAGCUGUAUUAGCUUCCUUCUACAGGUGAGGGGAGAGAGGCACAGAGAAGCUAAUCAACCCUCUAGACCUAGCUAAUAAGUGGCAACCCUUGGUCUAAGAGAUGAGGCAGUACAGGUAGGGAAUGGCAGUAUGGUCUGCUUGUCACGUGGUCCUCCGAGGGUCUGAAAAUAGACUGUGUUCUUCAUCCCGGAACAAUCUGAACACCGUUGUUGUGCUCUGUCUGCUGACAAAGAAGUUCAGCCUCAUCUGAGGGCAAAGAUUCAACAAAGGGCAAUGAAGCCAGUGUGGAGAACGCAUUAUGGAGCAAAAGAGAGUGUAGACAGACCGGGAAAGGACCUUAAAAUCCUCUAGGGGGUCCUAUAGAAAGUUAUUUAUAUCCUAUAAAAAUGAAAUACUCUAGUCUUCAUAUUUCUUUUUAAAAAAUAAUUUUCUAUAUUAAAUCUUUAGGUCCUGUGCUUUCAUACCUGUUUCUAAACAAUGCUCCCAUACAGGAAGAUAAUGCUUCUCCCAGAAGCCAUAAGACUUUAGGCAAAAAUCUCAGCGCCAGGUGUACAAUAGCUCCCUUUGAGGUUUUUUUGUUUGUUUGUUUGUUUUCAUCAAAGAGCAUCCAAUGGCCCCCAAAGUAAUAAAAGGAAUUAUCAUUGUUUUUGGUUGUCUAUCAACCAAGCAAAACUUGAUGGUAAUACUUUAUUGCUGAAGACGCCACACAUAGUCAGCCACAGGAUAUGGAGCAUCCAAGCUGGAAGUGAAAUCUUUCUCCCUUCUAGAUAGCUAUCGUAUUUAUGGCAAGUACUUUGGAGGCUGCCCCAGGAGCAGUCAUCAGCAGUCUUAUCUAGUUGUGAGUGACAAUGAUGAGCAGCCUGGGAAGGCAUGCCCAUUGGUGCAAUAGUGGCACAGAUGCUACGGGAGUAACCAGUCACUUUCUAUUUGAAUCUCAGCCCCUCCACAAAAGGGAGCUCAGUAUUUGAAACUGGCCUAUAACCACCUUGGAACUAUAGCCUGUGACUGGGUGGUCACAGGCCCCAGAGAGGAUCUACUAUUGGUGCUUUGCUAGCUGGAAAUACAUUCUAAAUAUUCACCUUUAUCCUCGUGUAUAGAUUAGUACAACUCUCAGCUUUCGUCAGAGAAGCUGUUUUUUGCUGUGAAUUAUCUAUAAAAACAAUUGGUAGAAGUACAGAAAAUGGAGUGCCUGGCCCUAAAUGGGGCAUCUAUGUUGGCACUACCACCUUCCUCUGAGGCUCAGGGAACAUUGCAGAAGAGAAGGACAUCUAUCUGACUGUUACAAUCUUUCUAGAUUGUAAGAGUCAGUGGUUGAGAAGGACUGAUUCAAAACUGCCUUCUGGAUAUGUCAUGACCAUGGUUGAUGCACUCACAAGCUCAGCGGGCCGAUGCAAGAUUAGAUCCAUCAUUUCAUCAAGGAAGGGGAAAGGGCCCAGAAGGCCCCACCUCCGCCUGAAAGUUAAUGGUGACUGAAAGAAGGGCUGUCACUUUCUUUAGUGUUGAAACCACUGGUAAGUUGCCUGCCCAUAGUCCAGUAACAACAAAACAAAACAAAGCUCCCAUCCAUUCUCAUGAAGGCAGUUCUAUUUAAACUCCGAGGGUCACACAGGGAAAAAAGCAUGAAUGUGUUCAGCAGAAUGGUUUCAGCAAGAGGAAGAAGAGGGAUGAGGUAAAGGGAUGAAAACACAAUUAGUCUCAUGUGUGAAAUUGGCAAUGAAUUUUUUUUUAAAAGAAAGGCUGGAGAGAGAGCUCGAUGGGUGAGAGCUUCCUGCUCUCUAAAGAACCUAAAUUCAGUUCCCAGCACCCACAUCAGGUAGCUUGCAACUACUUGUAGUGCUAUCUCAAGGGAAUCUGACACCUUUUCUGGCCUCUGUGG